UAUGUCAACAACACUGUGGUCUUCUGUCCAGUCUUGCUGCCUCAUCAGGCAGGAAACCACGGAUAUCAAAGUGUCCGUUGCCAACGGUCGCUUCAUGUUUUUCGCUUUUGGAAGUAACUUAUGUAUUCUGUCCAGUCUUGCGGUCUUCUGUCCAGUCUUGCUGUCUUGUCCGACGGGAAACCACGGAUAUCAAAAUAUGUCCGAUUCCAACGGUAGCUUCAUGUAUUUCGCUUUUGGAAGUAACUUAUUAAAGGAAAGACUGCAACUGGCAAAUCCCUCUGCGACAUUUUACACUACCGGCCGACUAAAGGAUUAUGAGUUGAACUUUGGCCUGUGGGAGAAACAUGUGGACAACAGUUGGCAUGGUGGAGUGGCCACCAUUAAAUCCUGUCCAGGGGCAGAAGUGUGGGGGGUAAUCUGGACUUUGAGCAACGAAAACCUCCCGAGCCUAGACAACCAGGAAGGGGUGAGUCAGGGAAAGUACUCUCCACUGGAGGUUUCUGUGGAGACUGAAAAUGGACUCAUGAUCUGCAGGUCUUAUCAGAUGAACAAUUUCCACGCCUGCCUUCCCUCUCCUCAGUACAAACAGGUGGUGUGUCUGGGUGCAGAGCAGAAUGGACUUCCGGGAGAUUACCUGAAGAGGCUGAAGGCCAUUCAAACCAACAACUACACUGGCCCCUCAAUCCUUGAUCGAAUCCAAACGGCCAAGUAGAGAUUGAAAGUUCACAUUCUUUACUCUUUGAAAACACCAGUUGGGAAAAAACAACCUCACCACAAGGUCCAUUUAGUAGCUGUUCUGAGAACAUAAGGAGCAGAAUAGUAACAAUAAAUAGUGUUAUAACUGAUAACUACAUUUUUUAAACCUCUAUUUCUAAGGUCAAAACUGAAUCUGUAACACUGAGGCCAGAUGUUUGUAAUGCAUGGACAUAAUGAGACGUGGCUGUGCCACACCUACCAUGGCUUUUAUUUUGAGCCACCGUCAAACAAUUUAUGUAUUUUAUUUUAGAGCCAUCACAAUUGAAGACUCAAAAUGUAUGUGACAGGCAGAAGAUCCUUACAUUUUAUUAGUUUUCAGGGGAAUAAUAAACAUCGGUGAAACA